AUGGCGAGCCUGCGAGCAGCCCUGCUGCUCCUCCCGCCGCUCUCCGUCGUGGUGGCCAUGGCGGCGCUGUGUCUGUGCCGCGUGAUGGCGCGCAAGCUGAGCGCGCUGGCGCGCUCCCAGUUCGCGUGCCUCCCGUCCGGCGGGCCGUCGUUCCGGUACCUGGUCUCCUCGCCGUCGGUGGAGGACAUCAAGGGCGGAGGCGGCCAGCUGCCGGUGGGGCUUUAUUCCCGGAGGACGACGCGCCGGCGCGGCCCCGGUGGCAGCUACGUCGGCGAGGAAAGCGAGGAGGAGGAGUGCAUGUUCUGCCUGAGCGGCAUCGAGGAAGGGUCGGAGGUGAGGGAGCUCCGGUGCCGGCACCUCUUCCACCGCGCCUGCCUGGACCGCUGGGUCCGGGCGCGGCCGGUGGGGGCGACGUGCCCGCUGUGCCGCGGGCGGCUCCUGGCGUCGCCGCCGUGGGAAGUGGCAGGGUACUACGACGACGACUUCGAGGAGGAGGGCGAUGAGGAGGCGGUGGAGGAGGACUCGGACAUGAUGCUGUUGAUGGCGUGCGUGCGCAGCAGCAGCAGCUGGCUGUGGCCGUCGUGA